AUGGCGGACGCGGCACAGAAGUUCAUCCAGGAGGUCUGGGGACUCCAAGGAACCGCCUACCUGGUGGUCGGAAUAAGAUACGCAACGAGAAUCCAGACGGUGGGAUGGCAGAAACUGGCAUGGGACGACUUUUUCAUGCUUCUCGCAACCCUGGUAUAUACGGCCGAAUCAGUAGCGGCAUAUUUUGUCGUCGCGUACUGGCAGGGCUUAGCGAAUAAUGCGAUGACGGAUGACCAAAGGGCAACCCUCGAGGCCGACUCGCCAGAAUGGGUGCUACGGGUCAAUGGCUCCAAAACGCACGUCAUUGGUCUCUUGCUCUACACGACACUCCUCUGGCUGCUCAAGGCUUGCUGGGUUGUCUACUACAAACGCCUUACCGAGGGUGUACAUAACAUGCGGAGACUCAUCUUAGGGGCUAUGAUCGUCAUGCCCGUGACUUACGUCGCGUGCCUUCUGGUCGCAUUCUUGAAGUGCAUCCCCUUUCACCACCAGUGGCAGAUCAACCCCUCUCCUGGUAAUAACUGCAUGCCAGCCGUGUCCUUCAUACAGACCAUUUUCGUCAUGGGGAUGAACACCGUCACGGACUUUUAUCUCAUGGCGAUUCCGAUUCCUAUGGUCUGGAAGUCAAACUUGCCCCUUAGGAAGAAGUUCACGCUCCUGAUCAUGUUCAGCGGUGGCUUCCUCGAGAUGGCUUUCGGUAUACUUCGUUGCGUAUCCAUCCUGACACUGGGUGACGUCGACCCAGCCCAAUCCGGCUACUGGUCUGUCCGCGAGUCCUUCGUCUCCUUCGUCCUCACCAACAUGCCCAUGGUCUACCCCCUCGUCAAGAAGUACAUCGACAAGACCCGAUCCUCCAGCCGCAGCAAAGGCACCGGCACCGACAGUCGUGGCUACCGAUUAAACAGCUACCCGCGCCGCGGUACCGCUCCCAGAAAGCACCCGCUCUCCAUCCCGGCCGAGACCACGUGGGAGUCCGAUUCCAAGGAGCAUAUCGUCGCGGACAAGGUACAUAUAUCGAGUGGCGAAACCUCGUCGCUCGAGCAGCAGACCACCAAGUCGCACCACCGCGACAUCAUGUCCGGUAACAAUGAGAAGAGCAUGCCGAGGAGUUCAAAGGAGCAGAAUCGGAGCAAGUCCCGGAGGAGGACUAUCGAAAACCAGAUUAUUGUCACGACCGAGUACACUAUCCAGGAUACUGGCCCAAGUCCACCGCAGCAUGCUCGUGGGUUUGAAUUCUAACUUUCUAGUUUUAGCCAGGAAUGAGAUAAUCGUCAUGGCAGGCUUCUUUGAGCAAUAUAUACAUCAUUAUUUUAGACAGGCGUCGCU